AUGGACGGAGGAGACGACUGGAAUACAAUUCAAGACGCUGAUUAAGAAGAAAUGCUUAAACAGCUCUAAGGUGAUGAUGGUAAGAAGGUAAAAGAUUCAGGAAUAUAAGAGAAGAAAGCCAAAGAUGCAGCUUCUAAAUACAAGCUUAAACCUGGUGAGGCAGAGGCUAUGCUAAAACGUAGUUAAGCUACUCAUGAAUUACUCAAAAAGGGUGAAGAUGGAGACGCUCCAGAGGCAGGAGAAGAAGAUAAUUUCAACGAUAAUACACAGGCUAAUGGCUGCAGACCAUGGGUUGGUGCUAUCAAGGCUCCUACUUGGUAUAAGAAAGAUCCAAACCUUAGCAAGAAGCCUGAUGUUAAAAUCCAAUUAGAAUAUCUUCACGGAUAUCGUUCAAAAGACUGCCGUAAUAAUGUUAAGUAUUUAAAAGGAGGUAAGAUGGUAUACAAUGCUGCUGGUGCUGCUGUUGUCUUCGAUAUUUAAACUAACACCCAAAAGUUCUUUUUGAAGCACACUGACGAUGUAACAGCAAUAGCUGUGAACAGUACUUAGACUUUAGUCGCUACAGGAUAAGUAUCUGAUACAAAAAAGAAUUGUCCAAUUUAUAUUUGGAAUCCUGAAACCCUUGAGAUAGUCUAAGAAAUAAAAAAUGGAGCUACUAAAGGUUGCAGUUUACUAUCUUUUUCUCCUGAUGGUUCUAAGCUAGUCUCAUUGUCAUGCAAUGAUGGUCACGAUAUUACUGUCAUUAAUGUAAAAACUGGAGCAGUAAUUAAAAGCAAUUCAGGAGGUUAAGAUAAACUCUUUGCUUGCGAGUGGCGUGAUGAUAAUAUUAUCGUCACUGCUGGUGAAAAGCACUUUAGAUUAUGGAAUGCUACUGAUUUUACUUAUAAGAGAGGUAUUUGGGGUGCCCACAAAUGCUCAACUCGUCUUAUUAGUGUUGCAAUCAACCCUCUCAACAAAGAUAUUCUAGUAGGUGCUGCAGAUGGUACUCUUCAGGUUUUCAAGAUGAACACCUGCGAAAAAGUAAUUCAACUUCAUGAAGCUAAAAUUUUAGAUGCUCUUACAUUUAGCGAAGGCUAUAUAGUUACCGGUGGUCGUGACUCAAAUUUAUGUAUUUUAGAUGCAAAGACCUACAAAGUUAUUUAAAAAAUUGAUUUAGGUAAACUUUUAAAUACAUCUCUUUGUGCCAAGGUUCGUUCAGCUUAAUUUAACAGCGAUUGCUCUUUCUUAUUUGUUUCUACUUUUGGUUCUGAAAUCUAUCAAUUAAAACUUUAGCGUGCAGGAGAAGGUUUUGUAGUAUAAGCUUUCAAGUAAUCUAUGGCUGGUCAUUAUUCACCUAAUGGCUCUUGGACUAAUGAAGUCUGGGGUCUUGAUCUCUUCCGUGAUAAUCAUGAUCUCUUUGUUACAGUAUCUGAUGAUUCAACUAUUCGUGUAUGGAGUAUUUCCCAACACAAGCAACUUAAAGGAGCUAGCUUGAAUGUAAAUGAAUAAGGUGAGUAAUUACCUUUAGAUACUAAGAACAAUAAUGAUUACUUUGAUUCAUCAAAGGCUCGUGCUGUAGCAGCUGCACCUAAUGGAGAGGGUUUCUUAGUUGGUUUCAAAGACGGCACCCUUCGUUUCUGUGAUGCUAAUUUGCAUGUAAAGAAGGUAUUUAAGCAUGCAAAAGAAUGGGUUUCAACAAUCAAAUUCUCACCAAAAGGCAACCUUGUAGCAGUUGGUUCUCAUGACAAUAUGAUUUAUGUUUACAGCUAUCCUGAAUUUAAAAAUGUUCAUAAACUAAACAAGCAUACUUCGUUUAUUACUCAUUUAGAUUUCUCAUAAGAUGGUAGUCAUUUAAGAUCUGUUUGUGGUGCUUAUGAUCUUCUCUUCUGGGAUGUUAAUACUGGUGCUUAGCUUACUGCAGGUGCUACCUAACUGAGAGAUGAAGAAUGGGAUACUCAUUCUUGUAUAUUCUCUUGGCCAGUGUAAAAAAUGUGGAAGAAAUCUUACAAUGACUAUACAGAUAUCAACUGGUGUGACCGCUCUCAUACUAAAAUUAACGGCUAUUAUUUAUUAGCAAAUGGUGAUGAUUAUUCCACUGUUAAUCUAUUUAGAUGGCCUUGUGUCAACUCAAAUGCUUAAUGUAUUGAAUCAAAUGGUCAUUGCUCACACAUUACUAAUGUCCGCUUCUCAUAUGAUGAUAAAUACCUUAUCACUACUGGAGGAGAAGAUAACUCAAUUUUAGUUUGGAGAAUAACUGCAAAUUGA